AUGUCGUCUGAGUACCGUUCAAGCUGGGAAGCCGCUAUUCCAGGAGGCACAAAAUGUUUUGCCAUCCCGUUUUCAUUCUUUGCGCUUUCCGUUCACACUGCACAUCUCUUCUCUAUUAUUGGCUUCUCUGACGAACAAGCUGCGCGCGCAGUGUUUGGUGUUGUCUUCAACGAGUGGGCCAAUGUUCUCAUGAAUGGACGGUACUCUGAACGGCUCUGUGUUGUCCCUUUCGUGAAGGCACGAAAACCAUCAACUAGGGAGGUCCAUCUUCUUGUCCAGCCCUACGUGCAUCCCAACGAGGAAGCAGGCGAUCAAGUAUGGAAGAAGCGUAGGGCAGUCCCGAAGACCAGAGGACCGAAUAAAAAGAAAAAAGUAGACCUUGGUGCACUUGUCAUUUCCGAGGCCCAUACGACGUCUAUUGUUCGAAGGACUACUGAUUUGGUUUCGAGUGGUAGUACUACCGUAACGACGAAUAACAGCGACACGCUGAUCGACAACGAGAGCGGUGACGAGACCCAUGGGAUGUCGAGUGAAUCAGAACAUGAAAAGAGUGCAUCAUCGGAGGACGAUGGCACAACUGACGACAGUGCAGAUGAAGAUGGCUAUGGUCCGCAAUCAGAUAGCGACCCUCUGGAUUGGAACCUGGGGUUUGAAUCAUCAGACAUGACACGAGGAAUGGGCGUAUACGAACACACCAGUAACCAGGAUGCAUCUACACCAUCUAGCCCUAUCCUUGGCCACUCUCUCGUAUUAGCACCUUCUCGUGAGCCUUCAGCGACACCAGAGCUGCCUCGUGAAAUCAAUGAGGUAUCUGUGACCUCCGUCACAUCGUUUCCCCCGCCCUUUGCGAUUUCCCCUAGCAAGACGGCAUCUACUAUUCUGCAGUCAUCGUCGUUACUUCCCCGAGUCGUUCUGGAGCCGUUGAUUGCACCCUGUCCUUCACAAAAGUCAGUCCCGGCAAGCGAGGGUUUGAUCACGCCAGUUUCGGAUGUCAUAUCAAGUCACACUCCCAAGUCUGUCCUGGAGAACAAAUGGAGAACACCGAAAAACCUCGGCUUAGCUUAACCCCAAGUGCAAAUAUGCUCCAGUAU